AUGUCUAGUGCUCCUACCUCCCCUCCCUCUCGCAUUCAGAACCCCCAUGGCUUCUGGGCGGGCAGGCAACAACACCGCCCAGAGCCACUUUCUAUCCCUUUCGAGAGCCUUCCCGCACAAGACAGCCAGACCUCGCACUAUGGCACUUUUGUGCCCCCUCUUGGGCUUGUUGAGGAUGGUAGGGGUAGAAAUCGAUUCUACAAGAGUGCCACAUCACCAGGAACUUAUCCCGCAGGUGUGCGUUACGCGCUUUACCAAUCCCCUAACCAGGGCUCUCCGUAUUCCAUCGAACUGAAGGACCACUGCCACCAGCAAUGGAUUGUGGUGCUGUUGACGAUAUUACUUUUUAUCGGUGUUUCGUAUCAGAUCCUUAUCGUGCAAGUCCCGCCGACAGGGCCAGAUUGCGGGAGUCGCUUCGGUACCAUUCUUGGUACGAGCAAACGUGUGACCGCAUACAGCAACUGCAAGUAUAGCUAUAGGGGUGAAGGAAUCCAAAAUUACGUUACUGUGGGCCUGCACCGAAUCUACACUGGUUCGAAAUGGGGCUCAGUUGAGUACGCUCGACGAUAUUGGAUCCUUCGGAAGCUUCUGACCAUACCCUCUCUGUCUUCACCAGAACAACUCAUGAAUAUCACGGAGGUAAUGAGCCUUUCGAAUACUAUGAGCGGAACUGCCGUCCCACUGGAACACUUCCGCAACCUGGACGGGCCUCUCCCACUAGAAUCGGACAAUUACACCCCUCAAGAACUUCCCAGUGGCAAUAAUGCAACGAUCCAAGAAGCCGCCAAGGCAUCUCAAGCGUAUCUCACAGAUCCUAACGACGGACUCCCCAUGGAAUUUCCAUUGACGGAAGUCAAAGCCACCUCGCAAACUAAGUGCACCACCUAUCGGGGGAAUUCCUCCCUCCCCAAGUCAGGCGACCUUCUUGUGUAUGCCAAAGAUCGUUCUACGCUGGCUAAUGGUCAUGUCGCGGUCAUUGUAGGGGUGAAAGGGCCGUAUCGCCAACCUGAUUUGAACACAGGAAACCAACCUCUUGAGAGCAGGGAAGGUCAGCGAAGGCUCGCUACUGCCAGCAGAGGUAGUGGAGCGGUCAAAGGCUCCAUUAACCCGUUAAACAGGCCUUUGAACUCCAUAAAUGGAAUUCAGGCUGAUAUGUCUACUACAAGUAAUACGCUAGCGAACGGCACGGAGAGCUCUGACUUGGCUAACAGAACAGACCUUCAAAGUGCAUAUGUUUACUACAAAAUUUAUCUAGCCGAACAAAACUGGGAUAACCGCCCAUGGGCAGGCGAAUAUAAACCCAUGACUGGUGCGACGCGGAAAUAUGCGCCUUCAACCAUUGCAAAAUGUAACAUGAGCAUGAUAGGUAAUGGGGAAAAGAAUCGACGCAGUGAGGUAGAAAAAAUGUUGGCUGAUAACGACGAGCUCCGAAAUUUUUCUCGCAUGUUGAUACUACGCGAAUAUCAUCCUUCUUGUGCUUUGUAUUUGGAAGACACUCUGGGACAACGAAUCUUAGGAUGGGUACGACCAGCACCCAUGGAGGACGCAUAA